CCAUUAGAUCUUGUAAUUAGUGCUAAUCCUCAAAACUUUCUUAGAAUGGGUUUUGCAAUAGCUUUCAUGUUGCUACUCUUUUCCUGCAAUAUCUUGGGAGGCCAAUCUCAAGAUUCAAAUGCACUUGUUCCCGCCAUAAUAACAUUUGGUGAUUCUUCAGUUGAUGUAGGGAAUAAUGACUAUAUUACUACCUUUUUUAAGGCAGAUUUUCCUCCGUACGGGAGAGAUUUCAAGAACAAACAGCCGACUGGGAGGUUUUGCAAUGGCAAGUUGGCUACUGAUAUCACUGCUGAGACUUUGGGAUUCACUAGCUACCCUCCGGCUUAUCUUAGCCCUCAGGCUUCAGGGAAAAACCUUCUUAUAGGAGCAAAUUUUGCGUCGGCUGGAUCAGGAUAUUAUGAUCAUACUGCAAUUUCCUCUCAUGUAAUCCCCUUAUCCCAGCAGCUAGAGUACUACAAAGAGUACCAAUCGAAGCUAGCAAAAAUUGCUGGCAGCAAAAAGGCAUCAUCCAUUCUCUCUGGAGCUCUCUACUUAGUGAGUUCAGGCAGCAGUGAUUUCAUUCAGAACUACUACGUCAAUCCUUAUCUCAACAAGUUGUACACCCCCGACGAGUUCUCUUCCUUCCUCGUCUCCAUCUUCACCAAAUUCGUCAAGGAUUUAUACGGAUUGGGUGCUCGAAAGAUCGCGGUCACAACAUUACCACCAUUAGGAUGUGUUCCUGCUUCAAUCACACUAUUUGGAUAUGGAAGUAAUGAGUGUGUGCCAAGGCUUAAUGUUGAUUCUCAAGGAUUCAACAAGAAGCUUAACGCGGCCGUGAACUCCCUAGCCAAGCAACAUCCUAAACUGAAGAUUGCGGUCUUUGACAUUUACACUCCCCUCAAAGAUCUCGCCACUGAUCCUUCCAAAAAUGGCUUCUUUGAGGCAAGAAAAGGCUGUUGUGGAACUGGAACAGUAGAAACUUCGGUUCUCUGCAACCCGAAAUCAGUAGGCACAUGCGCAAAUGCUACGGGCUAUGUGUUCUGGGAUAGCGUGCACCCGACUGAAGCAGCGAACCAAGUGAUUGCUAAUUCUUUGGUCCUUGCAGGCAUCUCCCUUGUUGCUUGAGAAAAAUAUGUGAGGGGAAAUAUCUUAUAUGAUUAAUAUAUGGAUUCGAAAGCUAUGAGGUGGUGGCUCAUUUAGCAAAAUGAGCUAUUAAGAGAUAAGUUAGUGAGACUCACACCUUUUGAUGUGACGAUUAGGAUGGGCCUCACUACAUGACUACAGCUCUUUGGUAGCUCAUUUUACUUAGUGAGCCGCCACUCAUACCUAUUUUUAACUUUUUUAUGUGCUAUGUUAUUAUGGUUGUGUGUUAGAAGGAAUGCUAGUUACAUGGUAGGAAUUGGGUGUGAUUAUCGUGGGUUACACGAAGGUGUAUUAUGUUCUUCACUAGUGUUUCUUUCUCUAAAAAACUUUCACAAUCAGAUAUUAAAAAUAUCUAAUUUCAGCUUGUAUUAUGUGAAGAUUCUGGCUCGAAAUUUAUCU